ACAUACCAUCAAAACAAAUUGUUUAUCCGCAGAUAGUGUGUGUAUUAUUAUUGUGAAGUCAUUAUUUUCAUAUUAUUUGAAUCGCCAUAAAAUAUGGAUCAUUCAUCAUAUUGAAUCAAAUAAAGAUCACAGGCAAUCCUUGUAAAUAAAUAAUCGUUUGAAUAUCCAGAAGAAAUUGAAUAAAUGAAAAGUAUCUGUUGAUUGAAAGAUUCCAAAACAAUCAUUGAGCGUUUGAUGUUUGUUUUCAAGCAACCCAAUCGAAUAAUGACCAAAAGCGUGUUCGUAUUGAACAAUAAUUUAUUGGCUGUGAAAGUAAUUCAGUUUUCUUAUCGUGAUUUUAUUGUCCCCAUUUUGAGUUUAUUCUGAAAAUUUGUUUGGCUAGCAAUCACCUCGAGAAAGUAUUUCGGAAAUGGAUGAUGAGUCCGAUGAAUCAUCUUCUUCCUCUUCUCCACCCGACACAUUGGAACAGUUUCGUGAAAAAUGGCAAAAAGAAUUGAACACAACAAAACGAAACAAGGAAAAUGACAAUAUUAAGAAGACAAUCGAUUGCAAAGAACAGAAAAAUGAAUCCAACGACCAGGCCGAAGCGUUGUUCAUGCAAGGUGUGGAAUUGGAGAAAAAAGGCAAAGUAUUUGAAGCAAUGCGAAUGUAUCGAAAGGCAGUCCACAUAGAUCCGGACAUUGAAUUUAAAAUGUACGACAAAUUGAAAACAACCAUUCAUUUGGCAAAUAAUAUUGUCGAAACGAAUCCAACAACUAAUCAAUCAAGUGAUGACAAUAAGAAUGUUGAAGAUUUAAGUGAUGUUGAUUUGGUGCAUCGGUUUCAAACGUCCAUCGUCAAUGAGAAUGGAAAUUUACUGAACAGGGGUAAUGCUGAUACUGGUGUCAUUGUGACUGAAGGUGGACACAUCUCAGAUUUGCCCACAGAAAUUAUACUGUUUAUUUUGCGAUGGGUGGUUUCUAGUAAUCUUGAUGUUCGAUCGUUAGAACAAUGUUCUAUGGUUUGUAAAGGAUUCUAUUUAUUGGCUCGUGAUAUGGAAAUUUGGAGACUGGCCUGUUUCAAAGUUUGGGGUCAUAGUAUUGGCGCUUUAAAAGAUUCAAAAUACACAUCAUGGCGGCAAAUGUAUAUUGAACGACCCAGAGUAUGCUUUAAUGGAUGCUACAUCAGUAAAACCAGUUACCUACGAUAUGGAGAAAGGAGUUUUCAGGAUCAAUUUUAUCGGCCCGUACAUUUAGUUGAAUAUUAUCGUUACAUAAGAUUUUUCCCAGACGGCGGAGUGCUUGUGAUGACAUCAACCGACGAACCAUCGCAGAUUGUUGGAAAAUUACAACAAAAUGGCAAGCAUCGAAACGAUGUGCUAAAAGGAAAUUACAAAUUUUCUAAUGACAUGGUAACGAUAAUGGUGCGAAAGAAUAAGUCCAAAGACCACAACCACCAAGAGCGAAUUCGAGGAUUUACGGAUUAUGAAAAAGAUGCACCAACAUUUUGUCUCCAGUUCUUGAUGUCAUAUACGAAAAAACGUCGAAUACCACAAUUAGAGUGGAAGAAAUAUUCGAUUAUGCAGAGAAAAAAUAAAUAUGAAGAGCUUUGGUCGGAUUUCGAUUUAACACCAGCCAUAUAUCCAGCAUUAAUUUAUUCGAGAGUGAAAAGUUUUGAUGCGAUUUCAUAUCAACAUUUAUAAAUUUUGAUUCUAUUUGAAAAUUCGUUUGCUUCAGUUAAUAUUAAUCAAAUUAUCGCUAAUGAAGACGGUUUCUUUUUGUACCAAAUUGAAUUAGCUAAAUAUAUAUUUAAUAAAAAAAGUUAUGGUUAUCAAAA